AUGGUUUGGAUACUGGCUGUUGAUCUUUCACUUAGCAUGAUGCGCCCAUUUGGGGACAAAAAUUCGACAUUUUUCGCCUUCUCAAAGGAAUUUAUUAAAAAAUUCAUUAAACAGCUGUCUAUUCGUAGGCCGUACGAACCAAUCUGCCUUGUAAACCUCGUUUGACAUUUCACGUUUCUCUAGUUUACUCCAGGGUCGUCGGAGGAGAGCCUAUUCACCGAGUUUACUGCUGAUAUUGACAUUCUCGAGAAGGCAGUUGAUCGAAUGGCAUUUCCUAAUCUUUCGGAACUCAGCAGACGUUACUCCGAGCCGUUUCCUCUCACCGCAUUUGAACGACAAAUGCAGAAGUUUGCUUGCUCCCACCACUGUCGAGUAAGUUUGUCUUCAUCAGUUCCUCUGCCAAUUUUAAUGUUAGUUCUUUGCCAACUCGAUUACACCUUUUCUUUUUGUAACACAAUAAGACACCCUUGGUCGGCGUUCAUCGUCGUCGCCCAUGGGUUUCUAAAACUUAUUUAACUGCCUCUAGGCACACUGUGGGGACAGAGGACGAAUUUUUCAAGGGGAACUAAUGCAUCGCAUUUAAGCGUGCGUUAACAGUUAUAUUUUCAAUGCCGGAAAUCGCCUCAUGCAAAGAUGUAGCUGGGAUUCUGGCCGUACCUGUUUAGCUAACUGCGAUGAAGUCUCACCUUCAUGGGUAGUGGACAAUAGCAAGUCAUCCAGUGAAAGACCUAGGUGCUUUAAAAUUUAUCAACUUAGCAUUCACGGGGCAUGGCCUUGGACUACCCAGUCGUAGAUAUUUCAAACCGGCGAUGCGUGAAAGGGUAGGAGUCAAGAAUGAUACCACAACAGUAAAAAUACCUCUAGAAUUCUAAUAGUCUCAAAUUCCCCUCCUCUCUAUAGUUUGAAAGUUCCAUAAAAGAUUGCAUGAUUCAUAAUGAUGUUUAGCGAAUAGCCAUUCUAUUUUUUAUGCCCGCCUAUAAAUGCUGCGUGGUGGUUCCUGAAACAGUCUACAGGGGAACCGUUGCGUCUCAACCUACACUAGCAAGCCUAGUACCACAGGCACACAUUUCGCACCACCUUGUGUCCUCGAGGCCUCAGUCAUGAAUAUCUUAAAUCUUUGUUUCGAUUUUACGUGUUUGUUCUGAUUCUAUCACAGAGUGAAUGAAAGCGCUAGGGUGUGGCACCGCCUACCAAGCUUGACCUGAUUGUCUUCGAUCUGAAAGCGAGGUCAAACGGUGCCCCACCGCCCGCAAACUACUCACUUUUUGAGUGCCAUGCGGAAGGCAGGUUAAAUAUUAGUAAAACGGCCCUGCGGCAGAUGAAAAACUGCUGACCUAGUACGCAUAUCGACUUCUUUCUUGGCGGUGAAUUCUGAAAGGCAAAACUCUCUAGAUUAACUUCCGGCGUAAUCAAACGAUACAGUGAUGUUGUUUGGCUGCACUUGUAUCGAGGGUAGCGCUCGUUGUUUUGACACUUUCAUGCAAAGAAAUAAACAAUAUUUUUUGACUGGCAGCCACAAACGACUUUGUUUUUUUUCGGAAAAAUAAUGACACUUCGGUGUCCUCGGUUUGUAAAUAAAAUACGUCAGGACUGCAUUUUUCUGAGGUUUCUGUUAGUCGCCUAGACUUGUUCAGUUACAAACCCAAGGCUGCGCAUAAUCUUAAACCAUCCAAAAUGGGAGAGCAUGCACCAUACCCGAGAUAUGUGCCCUGAAAAGUUGAGCCUCUUCUUUUAGACCACGUUCUAGACGAUGCAUUCGAUGAUGUUUGAGUGAAAGUGCUACUAGCAAGUCAUAUAUCUAGUUUUGGAAGAACCUUCUGCAGAUGGUGACCAGUAAGUAUUUAUUCAAAGAUAGACUUUUGCCCGAAGACCUGCCAGCAAUAUUGUUACGUGAACUUACUCUCAUGUCAAUUAUUACAACAUAAACUCUUGAUGACCUGACUUUCCGAACAUGAACCAACUACGAGAUCGGAGAAUGCAUGUUCACACGUUACUGUGUAAAUCCCCGAAAACGGUUAUCAACUUGUGUUUGACAGUAUCCAAGUAAUCGACUGUGUCGAACUCAUAAGUCUUAGAGAUAUUCGAAGCCUAGCAACCUGAUGCCAAUUUAACCUCCGGGUCGACCUAUUUUCGGCCUCAAAAGCUGUCUACAACUAGCUUAAGAAAAAAGAAAGGUCGACCAGAGCUUGGGAGAAGAAAUAUCUAUACUCAACCGGUAUUUCGCCAUGCCGUCUAUUUCCAGAAAUGCACUUAAGUGCAACGACAAAGCAUAAGGAGAAUUCAACUACAACACUCGGCUUGCGAAGGAGUAGAACACUGCCAAGGAUGAUGCGGAAUCCGAAGGUCUCAACUUUGUUGACCUGUGUUUUAGCUUUUCUGGAUUUCCAAGAUGAUUUCAGGCAUGUGGCCAAACACCUUCACACUUCUGUUUUACCCCAAACAUGCUCCAGCCGUCGGUGAUAGUGAAUUCGUUUCGUAAAUCCACGUGCUACUAAUCCUAGAUGUAACACAAGUGGCCAGUCAUUUUGAAACAUCGCUUUCUGUUCCAUUUCCAUACAGAUUUUAGUAUUAACAGACGGCUGCUCGUCCAACUUCUCGGAUAUCAUGGAUCCUGCUUCAUCGACCCGGGAGGUGUGUUUGGAUGGAUCCUGCAUCGUUGUCAGCUUAUCAGGCAGCCAGGUGGGUAAGCACAAUUGUGCCUUCUUCUUUGACCCUCCUGCGUACUAUAUGUUAUGGCAACACUAUCAUGAUGGUACACACAUCUCUGCAUGCUCUACAAGGACUCAGUCUCAAAUCUCAUCGUCGUGACAAUUGACUGCGUACUCCCCAAACCCCUUUUUAGCCUCAUAUUAAUGGACGCCUGUCCGAAUUAAUUCCCAACCAUCGAAGUCCAAGACCAAACUGACAGAAAACUCCAACAGAAUGCAUACUUUUGCGGAACCCCCUAAAGUCAAUAUGUGUGGUCUUACGUUCGCCGCUGAUUCCGUACCCAACGUCACUACGGAGUUUGACAUUCAGCGUGAUCCGAACUUAUUCGUCUUCGGGAACCAAACCGACACGGAAAAGCAGUCAUAGUGCAUUGAAACCAAUGCUGACUGCUGACUACACGGAACCGUCAAAGUACUAACUUCACCAUUGUUAGUCAUCAAUUUUGUUGCUCGGAUUCGUAGUGGCUAGUAGCCUGGCCCUACCUCUUGACUACGCAAACCAUAGGCUGGCUGUAUGUUCGAACCAAAGAAGGAAGCUCAGCCGUCUCUAUUGUCUUCGGAGGAAUCGGGGACGGUAGUUUCAGCAACUUUUCUCGAACGCUUAGCUCUGGCCGAUCCACUAUCCUGCUGUGUUGCUGAAACCAGUUCAUCUUCGAUCGGGCCACCAUAUGUAAGGACGCCAUACCAUUCCCUUCUGAGACUAUCGUUUUUACGGUCGUUGCCAUAAACUACUCUACGGGGAUGCCUUGAGAACCGACAAAAAUGUCUUGAAACCAAUCGGGCUACCAGGGGGACUCGCAUGGCGCCCUUGUUUUAGAGGCAGGACUGUAGCCUCUGAAAACAAGAUGUUGCAAGAUGACAGGCAGGAGCGGACAUAACUUCAGUACAGGGAAGCAUCCGCUCCCCCUCUUCUCAUGAACCUAUCAAGCGCCUUCAAAAAGCCUGGCUUAUUUCCACGGCUGCAUAUCUAAACGGCCCUUUGAUUGAGGUAUCCGUUUAUAUGUUGUAAAAUCUCCCUUCCACAGAACUGUUGAUAGAAUUAUCAAGGUCAGGCGACUGACUUAUUCCAUAUAUGCUGGCUUCCAGGUUGUCGUUUCUGUCUGACAUAGGUAAACUCAGCUCUGCGUAGGCUGCAGGCCAACUUCAAACACUCAUCUCUCCUAAGUGCAGCAUCCGUGGGAGCCACAAAUCUGCCUACAGACCGUAUUACUGACAUGUUGGUGAACGCCGUCUUCGGUACACAGACCUGCGAAAGCGAGCACCCCACGCUGAUUGCCUGCGGUCACCUAUUUUCCUCCGCUGUCCUUACUCCGCGCCCCUGCUUCCGCCACCGAGACGAGUAAGGUUGUUAUGUCACGUUUUUUUGCCUACUAAUGCUACUGAAUUGGGAAAGCAGGUUAGAUCUAAUCGGAAAAUUCUACUCCUCUUGGUUAAUGAAGACGGCAAUGGUUGUCAACCAGUGUUCAAGCAAACGAAGUACCUGUCAAGGCGCAGUACGGGAGCCGCGUAUUCUGAGCUAUCUGGUGUCAGAUACUGAUGGCUGCGGCGGCAACGGCGAUGUCUGAUAAUUGCGCGAAUCUCUUUUAAGGUCUCCUGUCAGGACUAUUGGCAGACUUGACCUUGUUCCUGUCCUUUUGGUUCUUGUGUGCAAUAGGCGAUCUGAUGUGAGAGAAAAGGCGUAACCGGAAGUAGUUGAGAAGGUGAAGAUCCAAUCAUUGUGGAUUUUGGCCACAAGGUUUUUGAUACACGUAUUGGAAUCUAUUUUCUGAGACAACACCGUGAGAGGGUAGCAGACGAUAUGGUUGUUGGCCACCACACCUUGCAUUCACAGCUACUUAUCAGCCGCAGAUGUCCGUGCCCGGUGUGAUAAUUCACCGGUCGCUCGCAUCCUAGUCGUUACCAACGGCUAUUUCAGCAUUGGUGUUGGUGAUUGGCGUGACGGUUUGGUUUGUCACUACUUUCACUAGAAGCACUUUUCGUUCGCGUGCUCCCUGCGUGACUAGUUACUUUACCCAGGCAAAGUCUAAGGGUUGAAUGUCGUUGCCCAUGUUGGUGGACUGUGACUGGGCAGCCAUGACCCAUCUAAUACGUGACUCUUGCGAGAGUUCCGACCAGGUCAAGCUUGAAAGUGCGAUUAGGUGUCGUUCUAGUGAGCUGCUAGUUGGUAUUUUCUAUCAUGCCCGUCACUGCCGCUGUAUGUUCAGACAUCCGCGUUCAGUGUGAUCUCUUAGUUUCCACGACUCGGUUUCAUUGCACGGAUGUGCGGCAAAUCCUGCAAACGACUCCGGGCGUCCCUUGCCGUGAUAAUGGCUUCCAAGACGUUCUUAGUGUACGGGAGCGUUGGUCAAAAUUUGGGUCUGUUAUCAUGCUCACCGACAAGAAUCGUUCCUCUGUCGUAUUAAACAGGACAAAAGACUUAGAGCUAACCGGGGGAUCACCAGUUCUAUGCUCCAUGCGAAUGGAACCACUUAAAGGGGCUGACCAACAAUUCUGGCCAAUACAUCCGUGUGUUGAGAACUUACUGCGAGCCGUCAGUCGUCUUCCUAUGUCACGUAGAAUCUGGGUUGCGCACAUACCACAGACGCCAAAUGAUGAGGUCAGAAAAUUCGUUGCCACGACAAGAAGCACCAAAAAACACCCUAUAUUUGGUGACUCACUAGACACCAACUUUUUCAUACUCCUGGGUAUUUUUUAAAAACCACUUGUCUUGUCGUCAUCUUUCUCCACUCACUCGAACUUUCUGUGUUCCGUUUUGCAGCCUGAAGUGUUCCGACUUGCAACUAUUUGUGGAAAUUUUCGGUUUCCUCAAUGCCGCGGACAUUAGCCAUCCACCUAUCCGAAGUCGACAUACUCUUCUGGCUCUUCCCCAGACGAACGGUUUGUCCCCCAUUUUAGAUCUUUUUUCUCUCAUUCCUCCGAAAGCAAGACAGUUUUAGGCCUGCCGUUUAGACUUUACAAAGUUUUGCAUGAUCGAGUGCCUUACUAGCAUGAGAUGAGAAAGCCAGGCAUAGCGUCAGGAUUUUCGCACAAGUUAUUGUCAGCCCAGCAAAAAGGCCUCUAAUUCCUGAGUGCGGUUACCUUUCAGACGAUACAUGCAUCAGUGGUCAGACCAACUUGGGCACCAGAUGAAAAAUGGAGACGAGCUAAACCGAUCCGACUCGGGUAAAGGGAAACACCGGAAGUGUAUUGGCCCAUAAUACAACCAAGCACAGAGUACUUUGUCUAGCACGGUUAAAAAGUUGUUUUUGUACGUAGCCUCUGUAUUCGACGAAGAACUGCAAAACCAGUCUCGAGAAUUUGUGCAGUAAGCGUUUUUCCUAUCCCAAAGAAUUUAACCUCCUUUCACUUUUUUAUACACCACUUGUUUAUAGAAUGGACAUUAUAUGGUUAUUUCACGGUAGUUUGUAGUAUUCGACUCGGAUUUUUGUUGGAAUUUCUGGUCUGACCCUAAAAUUCAUACCCUGGAUACUAAACUGCACUUAGUGAUUCCCGAAAUUAUGGACGUGAUUGUGCUUUUGAGUUCAUUGGCGAAACACAUAUCUGGGCUUUUUAUUGGUUUCUAUGUUAAAGACACCGGUUGCCUUACGAAACUCACUCGUCUGUUUGUGCCUUGGAACUCUCUCUCUUUCUCGAACCGUGGUAGCAGCCCUACAACGGUGCGCAAUACGGGGAGAAUAGCAUUACCAUGGCUGGAAUGGCCAUUUCUGGCUUUUUAGCCGUCAUCGGCCAGCCAUACCCAAACCCGAGGUAUCCAAUCACCGACGCAUAGGUCGCGAGUUCGAGCCUUCAUAAAUUAGCCUUUGUGGUACCUCUCCGUCGCGAGGUUUAGCCUGCAUGUAACCCGCCCAGUUUGAUAUUUUGUAGUCUGGACUCAGGCUCGCCGCUAGCAUGGAGGUUAUGUUGGGUCGCCCCGGCUCCAAUUCGGCUCUUGACUUGCCCACGAUAAUUAACGCCAUUCAGAAAUACAGAUCUCGGACCGUCCAAAGGAAAUUUCUGUUACUCUCCUAUUCAAGUUUUGCUGUCCUCCCCUCUGUGGUGGAGACAGUAAAUCGCAUUCACUUAUGACAACGACACUUCGGCCUGCCGGUGCACGCAGAAUGUAGAGACUUUUUGCUGAUCAGUAUGCCUGCGCAGAUUGAACACUCCAUUCCGCUAUAAUGGCGAUGCGCGCGAGCUAGAGACAGAACUCACUUUAUCCUGACUAGAGAACUGGUAAUAAAAAUGACUGGCCUCGGGCAGAAUUUUAUGUGCGACUCACGAGAAGUAAACUGACACAUCUUUGUGACCCCUUAGCCUCAUGAUAGCACAAUUUAUGUGUCCACCUCCCCCUCCUCCUCCAGCUCAAAGUGAGGUAACCCCUGGCCUGCUGGAAAUGCUUCUUCUAACGAUGGGCACCACGCUCACUGUGGCCAUGGUGACGGUCUACUUACAGCCACCCGUGUCCCGCCCCACUGUCCUCAAAUUAACCGAAGACUCCAGCCCGCCGCAUGUGCUGCCAGAUUCUCGUCGCCUUCUGACGCACGGGUUCAUCCACCGUUUCAAUUCAAAACGAGACUGUUUAAUGCUGUCUCUCUUUCCAGAAGGUCAGUCCUUUCCCGCCCUUCCUGCGCGCGCCCCCCAGCUGAGUAUCGAGGAGUGAUAAUAUUGCUUAGACAUUUUUACUACAUAACCGUCAUUUUUUGUCGUCUGUGCCUUGUGCUGCCUCGUCUAUCUUGGACUGUAGGAGAUUGCGUGAUGUCACACGAGAGUGACGUUCACCGGGCCCGGGGUUCAAGUGCCAGGCGCAUCACCAUUUCAGAUUGAGAAAUGAUAGAUAAGAGGCCGGAAAUGGUCAUCCCGAUACACCUGAAGCGAAUAACGUCUUUCCGUUUUAUCUCACCCAGUCAUGUAUUGAGGCUUUGCACAACCCUUUUACUCGUUUCAUUUACAUCGCUACUAAGGACGUUUGCCAUACAGAUCCAGACAGACCUACUGAUCAGGCGCUAACGGAUUGGCCUUACAAGUCAAACAAAAAAUGGUUGCCUGAGUCAUCAGGCGCAGUUGCAAAACGCCGUAAAAUUGGCUCAGUCGGUAGGGUAGUUUGACUGUGGGCGCUCAACAGGUUACGGUUGGGAAAUCGUCGAUACGAACGCAACUCUGUUUAAUCUACGCUACUGAAAUAAUGCGAGUAGCGUUUAGUUUUUGCUUUUUCUCAAAACUUGAGUUACGAGUGAUUCGUUGCGUUACACGCCACCUCCAGAGUGCACUGGACUGCCUUGGUUGGGACAGUUCGCACACCUUGCCCCCGUCGCGGACUUUGCUGGCUCACUUCUCUACAACGAUGCUGACAACACAACUCCCUUCCCUGUCCGAGAGGCGGAUAAACUGAGCUACAAACAGUCCGGUAAGCUUUCUUCCCACCGUCUUGACCUCUGACCACACCACACAUAUUUGUAUUAAUGAUGUCUGGAAGAAAUGUGUCUUACAUCAGAAACUGUUUUCGAGUGUGAUUGUCGCAGGUGAUUGGGAGAAAUCUCAGUGUCGUUGUGCAAAAUUACUUGGUUUGUAUUCGUUUACUAUCCGUGCUGUUAUGGCAAGCUACUGUGAGCUAGGCCUGCUUUUGCCAUUUCGUCAGUGUCCUUUCUUUUCGAAGGGACUUUACCCGUCGUUCCAUGAGUUUCGGUGCGUACGAUAGACAUCAAUUACCACCGUAUAACGAAUUUUAAAGUUAAAGUAAUCAAUGUUCAUAAGCACUAGGCGUUAGCGCUCGACCAGUAAUUUGGUACGGUGAUAGCAUCUUCGCCGGAAUUGGCGUCUGGAAGUCAAAGACAAUGCCAGAAGACAGCCACGUUAACUUGGAUGAUCUAGACGACUGUUUAGAAUGACUUAACAAGCUGGGUCUGGUCUAUGACGCAGAGGGUGAGAAAAAGGAGACCCCUUACUCCGUCCCCACCGCCACUUAUUCCGGUGUAUGCCCCUGCAGCGACGGACGACAGCUGCAUGCCCAUGAAACGCAAAUCCUCAAGGGGUCAACUCCGACCUGCCUUCGUUAUUAAAAGGCCGUUGUCUUCUCACGACCACAACUUCCGUAGCGCCGUCUCGAAAAAGCCAGCCGGGAACUCCACUGCCACUGCCUGUCGGAUGCCGAAUACUAUUCCAUCCAUAGUCCCCUGCAGUUUCUUGACCCCGACGACGGCACAUGCGGAGGUGCCUCACCUGACUGGACGAUGGCGACGAGGAUCUUCCAUUUUCCAGUGCCCGCGGCGUCCUCUCUGUAGCUCGCGAUUCCUGUUCCACAGUGGAUGACAACUAGCAGUCUUGUGCAAUGCCGCCGAUACCGGUGGUGUGAGGAAACGUGCGUUAAUCAAAAUGGCUGAUCACAGAGACAGAGACACAGAAAAUCGAUAUGGGUGGAAAUUUGAAUUGCAGAUCUCUGAUUGCAACUAGGCACUCAUCUGUUCGGCUAAGGACUUAAAUCAACUGCUGAUUAGUGUUCAAUGGAGACAAUGGGACCGGCAAGUGAAGUUAUGGGAUUCAAUGCGGACGGUGUGUAUCAAAAACGUUGAUGCGACGCUAAAAUGGGGGGACUGCAACACUAGGGUCAAUUAGGAGAAUGUAAGUUUUUUACGGUCGUUUCUGGGAGAACUAACUGCCUUAUCUACAGUUCGCGACCUAACGGAAGAAAAUUCUUAGCAUAUACACGCAAACCCUUGUAACGUACUGGUCGUCCGCUCCGCAUCCUCGAAAGCUAUACUGCAUUAAAGAAACGAUCAUUCUUCGAAAGAAAGCCUAGUUUGGCUUAUAAAUCAUAAUAUAUCAACGAAGAAAUAACUUAAAGUAGGUGGGCUAACUCAUGAGAUGUCAACCGAAAUUCCGAAAUGCGUUUCCGUUUCGAAAAGAUUAAUUAAGUAGGGUUGUAAAACCAAUCAUCUUGCAGCAUAAUUCUAUAAUAAUUCAGUUAUCCGAGGAACUGGCUUUCGAAAAAACUUCUUUUUGGGUGCAUCCGAGAACCGUACUCCGUAAAAAAUGACUACUUAAGUAGCAUGCAUUUUUCAUGGAUUUUCGAUGCCCUUAAAUAUUUAAUUAUAUUUCUUGGAAAAUAUGCAUAAAAAUAUUCAUUCUUUUGCUCAUUCAGUAGAAACUUACGUCUUCUUUCGAUUUUGCACUCGAAGAAAGGGUACAAUUCGGUUUUAAGAGGUUUCUAAUUGUGAGAUUUUUUAUUACCGUGAAAUGGCCCUUCAUAAAACGUCAUGUCUCCGCAUAUAACAAUGUGGCUCAAAUGCGCUGUUUAAUUUUAUGAACUCUAUGUGGUCCCCCGUUAUUACCGUAGAGAAAUAUGUGGUUUUCCGUACAAGGAAAUUAUACAGCUUGUAGUUUGCGAACCCUGAAUGCAAGUGUAACGGCAGGUUGGCUUCAAAAUUAUUCGGGAAUUGGAAAAAUUUUAUAAAACCAGAUUAUACCCAUCUUUCAAUUGUAAAAUUAAAAGAAGACUUAAUUUUCUACUGAAUGAGCAAAAAAUGAAUAAUUUUGUGCAUGUUUUCCAUGAACUAUGACUCAAUCUUUAGGGGCAUCGAAAAUCAAUGAAAAAUGCAUGCUACUUAAGUAGUCAGUUUUUUACGGAGCAUAGUUUUUGGAUGCAGCCAAAAAGAAGUUUUUUCGAAAGCCGGUUCCUCGGAUAACUGAAUUAUUAUAGAAUUAUGCUGCAAGAUGAUUGGUUUUACAACCCUACUUGAUUAAUCUUUUCGAAAGGGAAACGCAUUUCGGAAUUUCAGUUGACAUCUCAUGAGUUAGCCCACCGACUGUAUAUUAUCGAAAACCAUCGAAUCAAGAGAAAACGGCUUUAUGUCGGGUCAGUUAUUUAAGACCUAGUAUAACUGAUAGCAGAGAGGGAAACUAUAGUACGACGAGAAAAUAAUGAAAAACAAUAACAAACACAACGCAUUAGUACUUUAUCGAUUGUACUUGUACCUGCAAAGCAACCGUAAGUCGGGCGGGCGCAGAAACCACCAGGUUGUCUAUGGCGGAAUGGUCAACAGUAUUAUGGAGCACAAAAUCCAGCAUUUGCUGUAUUGAACUGCUUUCCUGCCUCGUCCUUAGUUCAUUUGAUUUAUGCGGCGAGACUGGAUGGGAUUGAGGUCAGGUUGUUUUCAGGAGUAAAAGUGCGUCGCGUGUGGAGGUGCUGGCUUUUGUCAAAAAAUCAGAUUAUGGUUAUAGGCUGAAUCACAAUCACACCUGCUUUGAGCGCUGAACAGCAGCAUUAUCCUGCAAUUUUACCGUGCACACUGGACGUUGAUGGAUGCCGUUGUGACCGAAGGCAUCAUUCACGAUGUCGAUGGACACUUGUCUGCUUGUGGUCUCCAUUCUCGACUGCCAGAUUGGGCGCCCUGCAACAUCGAUGGUCAUCCAAACCAUCAGGCGUCGACAGUUCUUGAAAGCUGCUGUCGGGGGAAGAUCUUCCUCCACAUGACCAUCUGGGCUUAAUCGUAAAGGAAACGCCGUUACGGAACACAGGUCUGUGACCAGUUUAUUCUCGAACAAAUAAAACACGUCGUCUAAUCAGUCCUCUACUCUUCGCCCUAGUUCAAAUUAUGCGCAGAGACAGCAUUGGUAAAUGUUCCCCGUGAAUAUCUUUAAGGGCAUAUAAUGGUACCUUUUUACUGUGCGAGGAAUAAGAUCGUUAUCAGUCUUGCUUGUAAAUCCUUUCGAUUCACCUUACCUGAUUUUAGGUACUGUUCUGUGACCGAUAAUUUUCCAGAGAGUGGCCUAGCUUAGUAUUUAAAAUACUAGCUAGCGGCUCACGCGGCAGCCCUUUGAGUGCUAAUUUCCAUAUGCGUUCAAAACCAACCUCCGAUAAAAAAUCCGAAUUUCUAGUCCCAGAAGGGAUCUAAUAUUUUGAUGCUUACAUUACUGUUCCUUUAUAGCGCCACGCGCGUAAACAAGAUAUUUUGCUUUGGUAUCCCAUGGCCUAGAAAAUUGAUUGGAUAUCGGGAAGCGUCCGACUUCGUCUAAAUUUCGCCUGUCUUCUUUUCGCAAAACGGACUUGAAAUGAAUCCUUCUUUAGUAAGAGGUUUUCCUCCUCACGAAUCAAUUUAACAAACAAAAGUGACAACACCGUUUUUAAGUUAAGUCAUUUGCAUGUAUCGAAAUCUGAGGUGUAGGUCACUUAAAUACUGUUGCUGGGGAGUGGGUAGAGCGCGUAUUCCAUGGUGCCCUACCAUGGCUUAUUACUAAAUAAGAUAGGGAGAACUCUUCACUGAACACUUCCGCGUGAUCUGAAAUAUCUCCUAUCGCAGCCGGUUGGGAGUGGUCAUGAGAUAUCCCGAAGUCGAACUCCGAGGUCCUUCCUUUCACGGUUUAGGCUCGACUGCAGCACGAGAGCCACAAAUGACUAUUUGUGCCUCCCUUGUCUCUAUAGGUAUUUCUUCCACAUUCCGUAUAUUUGAGGGUAGUAGGUAGCACUUUUGAAACCUACCUAUUUUAUGGCCUUGUCCGUGUCACUGUCAAGGGACUAACGUUUUCACGUUUGUGACGAUAACAUCUUCUCGGAGGCUUUACUGCAACUUAAUUUGUCCUUAGAUCGGCUUGGAUCAUGCGUUGUCUGAAAUCGCCGUCACAGGUGCCGAUUCACUCAGCAGCUAGUCCACUGACUCACUUUUUCCUGACUCUAGGUCGGGCCGCUUUUUCUGCCCUCAGCCUCCACCCCUCUUACUCUGGUAUUUUUCUAUUUCCUCUUCACCUCUAGCCACGUCAGACUUCCAGUACGUGAACUGGGUGCACUCACCACACGGACCCACAAAUGACAUUAACAAAGUGGUUCGGCUGGCAAAACGUCUGCCAGAAAAGUCUGCUGUCUUCUUUAAGGUAUUUUCGGUCUCGAUUACCUGUAACUCCGAAGUCCCACCCCCCUUACUAAAGACCAAUAAUCAGUGUCCUCAACCGUUUAUCGUUGUCCAGGGUCCUCGUCUUGCUGUUGGGGAAACUCUGCUUGCAUACGAAGCACUAUCUUGCUACGUUUUGGGACAAAUCUUGGAAACGGUAUAGAGAAGGACCCCACUUAAGUGUCAGUAGACUGUUCAUCGUGUCAUAUGGGGUUUUAUAUUGGCAUACAUUUGCAGGCUGUUGCAGAAAGUACACUGCCAACAACGAUUACUUCUCACGACCUCACACCUUAACUCGAAAUUCGUAAUUUUGUGAAAUUUACUUUUUGUCUAUUGUCUGAUGAUCACUCUCAUUUCCGUUGUCGUACAAUAGCGUAGGAUAAGACGUUCGGCAUAAAUCCAGGCAAUUUAUGUGUUCUCUUUCAUUUUUCCAGCUUUCUGUCUAGCGUGCUGCCCCACUCAUAAAACUCCCUUUACCAUAAAUCACGUAUGGCACGAUCCGCAGUCUGCUGACAGUUAAGUGGGGUCCUUCUCUAUACUGUUGCCAAAAUCCUGACGCGGCAGUCCAGGCUCCCAGUUUUCAGACGCUCUUCCCUGCACUGCCUGAGGCUGUGCAGAUACGCGACGUUGACCACACUUCUCCACGCCAUUGAAAGCCCCGCUUGGUCACGAAAACAGACUCAAGUCCUGUGGACGAAAUGACGAGGGCCAUAGAGAUGUUGCGGCAUUGCCACAGGUUCCUACUGAUGAGGGAGACAGAAGUAAGACUACAUGAGCACGUUAAAACUUCACUUUGUUUGCUAUGUCUCGGACUAUGCCUAACCUAGUCGACUGAAAUGCCAUCGCUGGUACUACUUCUCCACGGGGGGCUAUUAGUACCGGUGGAUCUGGGCAGCUCUCCCCAGUCUCCCACGUCGGACGACUCUUUGUCGGAUGAAGGGUAGCAGCAAUGGAAUCCCUUAACGGGCAAUAAUGGACGUCCCAAAGCCACCUGUGCCGGUUCAUUUUAGAUGAUCCGGGAAACACAUGUGAUGUUUCGGCAACUCCAGUCGAGUGUCACAUUCGAGACAAAAUCGGUGUACUUAAAGCAAAGAUAACCUUGAAAACUCCACUUAGGAAUCGAACAGGAGUCCAGCUGACCACGUAUUAGAUCGAAAUUCGGCCGACCGCAAAAAGCAUGCCCCUCGAAUCAGUUCUUCGGGCACUACAAUGUACCGUACUGUCAGAAUUGUCUCAUAGCUACUAGGAUACUACUCGUUUGAACUUUCUGAGAGCACUAAGGCAGGCUCCUCAUCUGUGAGCCAAAUUUAAAAUGCAAUAAAGUUAAGACGGCCAUAGGCUAUUACCCUUUAAAACUUAGAGGAUCCCGAUGCCGCCUGGACGUUCGAAGAUGCUCUUUUUCACAGCGAGUCGUCGGUGCCUGGAACAGUCUACCCGAGGACGUGAUAAUGGCGGGCUCCACGGUGACAUUCAAGCAAAGACUAGAUGUAUAUUUGCUUGGAAAAUACCGUUUGUCUCGGCAGAACAGCUCUGUUGUGCCAAACCAACGCCUUGCAUACACCUACCGCUAAUGCGGAUGAUUGUCAUUUCAUUUUACCGAUAUCAUCUAGAACUGAAUGUUCUCGAGUUUCGGUCCUGCAUUUUCAAUGGAAAAUAAUAUGUUAAGUGUAUAUAUUACUGACAACAUUUUAGUACCAUGUUUAUUUAAAUUUAGAUACUGCAUGUGCCGGUUUCAGCUGGGUUUUAAAAGGCAUUGCCUAUUACCCUUAAAAUAUACUGACCUAUGUGCUUCCUGGCACAUCAACACUAGCUCAUUUGCCCUAACUUUCACCCUCCGCGCAUGAUUUGUUUCUAUCCCUUAUGCACCUGCGUUUCGGUAAAUAAAGCGCUGUGUAAUGGGCACACGUAUGCGUUUCGUCCUUGGAGGUAGUGACCAAUCACUUGAUUGCUUACAAGUGUGCGUCAGUGACAUUCGAGCAGUACACCUAAGCGUCUGUUGCCAUGUAAGUUUCGCCGCUUCAACUCUCUCAUCAGUACGUUUUACUUAUUAUUUUACAGGAGCUCAACCGCGUUAAAGCUGCUGCCUUGGCCUGUGGAUGGCCCAGUCUACUGAGCACACUUUAUGCACUAAUCCUCGAAAGUGUCCAGAAGACGCCCGAAACGGACGCCCACCUUGAGACGAUUUCAAAAAUCCUAACGAUACCCAACGACGACGGCGACCAGCCCAUGUCCCCAACUCCUGUAUAG